AUGGAUGUAGUUAAGGCUGAGAACAUCAAAGUUCCUAAUGCAGUUCUAGUUAGUGGUCUAACUGGCAAAAGUAUUGAUGAUGAAGUAUUCCAGUAUUUACAGCAGUACGGUAAGAUUGAAAGAACUAUUGAGUAUCAUGGAAACAUCAGAAUCAGACCCUUCUCGGGGAGGAUACCAUGCCCAAAUGCAGAGUCUGACUAUGAGACAUGGCGCAGCAAUGUAGAGUUCCAGCUCGGAGACCCCACUGUGUCUGACAUGCACACCACCCGGAAAAUUAUCGAGAGCCUCCUCCCACCUGCUGCCAACAUUGUCAAACAUCUAGGUCCUAGUUCCACCCCUCAUGAGUAUCUUGCCAUGCUCGAUUCAGCAUAUGGUAUUGUUGAAGAUGGAGAUGAACUCUUUGCCAAGUUUCUAACCACCAACCAGGACUCUGGUGAGAAUCCAUCUGCCUACGUGCAGCGCUUGCAAGCAAUACUGAGUAAAGUAGUCAGGAGAGGUGGCCUAGUUGCUAGUGAAACAGAUAGCCAGCUGCUUAAACAGUUUUGCCGGGGCUGCUGGGACAAUGCUCUGAUAACCAGUCUCCAGCUAGAGCAAAAGAAAAUUAAGCCGCCUUCCUUCUCUGAGCUGCUCCUCCUGCUACGUACUGAGGAGGACCGCCAAGCUGCUAAAUCCAGCCGGAUGAGACAGCACUUGGGCCUCAAAGUGAAAGCACAGUUGCACUCUAUCACAUCAAAUGAACAUGUCCCUGACAUCAGUGCUGUAGCAUCGGCGAGUGAGGCGUACCCCGGUCAGACUCAAAAGCUUGAAAAACAGAUGGAAGCGCUACAAGCGCAGAUAGCCUCUUUAAAAGCAUCCUUGACCUCAAAGCAAGGCCAGUCUAAAAAGAAACCAAAGUCCCAAACCAAACUCUCCACUGAGGACGAUCCCCCAAGCUCUGCAGAGUUCAACCACAAGAGGAAACCACGACCAUGGUAUUGCUUCAGAUGUGGUGAGAAUGGCCAUAUCAAGCCAUCUUGCACUAGUGAGCCAAAUCCUGAACUGGUUGAGCAGAAAAACAAAGAGCUGAAACAAAAGCAGGCAGCUUGGGAAAAUUUAAACUAG